AUGGCUUCCCUAUCUGAAGACGAAUCCCGACCGCCGCCUGGCAGCGGCAACAUCAACACCAUCGGCACGACGACAACCGACCCGGAUUUCUCAGCCCCGUACCGUCCCCGGACAUCCACAUCCCGCCGCCUCUCGACGCAAGCCCGGCAGCAUCCAUACUCCUCCGAACCACCGUCCUCGUCGUCGUUCUCCUCCUUCCUCCGCGAACUCACCUCGACGCUGCUCUCGCUAACCCAAACAUCCCUGCGGCUGUACCUGUCCCUGACACGGGUGCAGCGCGCGCUGGUGGUGCUCGCGGGCUGCGCGGCGGUCGUGACCGGGGUUCUGUUCCUGGUCUACUCGCACCGCAUCUUCACGGCGUUAGCCCCGCUCGCCGCGGGCUGGCGCGCUACUCCGGGGGGUUGGUUGAUCCUGUGGCUUGUGACGGUGGCGACGGCGUUCCCGCCGGCGAUCGGCUAUUCGACGUGCGUGACUGUUGCGGGGUUUGUGUAUGGGUUCCCUUUGGGAUGGCCCAUUGUCGCUUCGGCGACUAUAGUGGGGUCUACGGCGGCGUUUUUGGCGAGUCGUGGCUGGCUGAGGGGAUACGUGCAUUCUCUGGUGGGAAAGGACGCGAGGUUCGUUGCGCUGGGGCAGGUGCUCCGCCGGGAUGGGGUCGGGGUUUUGGCUAUGAUACGGCUGUGUCCCCUGCCGUAUAGCUUGAGUAAUGGGUUUCUGGCGACCGUGGGCAGUAUCCGGGUUGGGGGGUUUGCGUUGGCUACGGGGUUGGCGACGCCUAAGCUUCUAGUCCACAUCUUCAUCGGCUCGCGGCUCGCCCUGCUCGCAGAGUCGGGCGACAAGAUGUCCGCCGGCGACCGCGUCAUUAACUACCUUAGCAUGGCCCUUGGCGGGCUUCUGGGCUUUGGCGUCGGGCUGCUCAUCUACAGGCGGACGAUGGCGCGGGCAGCCGAGCUGAUGCGUGAGGCCGAACUCGAGGAGGGCGGCGCCCUGCUAGACGCCGAGGGCAUGGAAGCCGGUGGCGCCGAGACUGACUACGACGAGAACGACACGCUCGUGCACCCUGACGAACUCGACGCAGCGGCCAUCAUGGACGACGACGACAUAUCGCUGUGGGAUACUGAGGGCGGCGACGGUUACAGGGACAGCUGGGAUGAAGGGGCAGCCAAGAAAGGUACUGUGCUGAACGGCACCGGUAUCGGGAACGGGCACGUGAACGGUGUAAAGAACUGA